GUAAGUAAGGCAUCUACACGUACACCAAACUUCUACAGAACACGCCUUUCUCUGAGUCUAGCAAGAACUCGUUUGGGCCACAUACCCACCACCCAUCGACACAUAGUUGCUUUUGAAGCUGGUAUAAAUGCUUUGUAAGCACACGCGCGUGAAGCCAGCAAAGAGCAGCGAUGCGCGACAGCCGCUUGCACAAUCCGCACCUCGCACUCGCCGAGGGCGAGCGUGGUCGGUCCGCCCCCAAGCGAACCUGUUCAACUCGCUGUUUGGGAGCAAGCAAAAGGAGGAGAGCCCAGCGGCUGCGGCCCCGGCGGUCAGUCGUGAGGAGCGGUCAACGGCCGACAAGAUGAUGCUGCCCAACAGCAAUGAGGCCGACCCCAUAUUCCCGCCCUACACCGUCGUCUCCAAGAACGCGGACUACGCACUAAGGCUGUACGACGUGUUCCCAGUGGUUGAGAUGGACUACGGCCGGCGUGAGGAGGGGUAUGCGUCCCUGGGCUCCUAUUUUGACGGCUCAAACGACGCCGGCGAGAAGUUCGCUUACAGCCAACCCGUGGUUAUGGAGUACCACCCAGAUGGUCGCAAGGUGAUGCAAAUGUAUGUGGGCGCGCGCCGGGGGCAGGAGGCCGCAGCCGCCUCGGGCGCCAAGCCGCCGCCGGUGUCGUCGCUGCCGGCGCCCUCGGAGCCGGGCGUGCGGCUCAAUGUCAGUGGCGGCGAGCUGGUGGCGGUGGCGCAAUUUGACGGCUUCAUCACGCCCACCUCGGCUGAGGCGGUGCGGCGGCGGCUGGCGGCGUGCCUGGCGCGGGACGGGCUGAAGACGGCGGACACGGACGGUGAAGGCGGUCGCUUCCGGUGCUCGCAGUACGGCGCGGUGUACCAGCUGGGGCCGCGUCUCAACGAGCUGCUGCUGCGAGUCAAGCUGUGAAGCAGCGAAGUGCCGUCAUUGCCGUACUGCAAUGCAAUUCAAUUUAUUGGAUGCGUAACCGUUGUAUGGGUCAGGUUACUUGGGUCGGGGAGUACGGGAGCGGGGCUCCAGUGUCGAUGAGCCGCGAUCGUGUGUGCAGUCCUGUGUGCUUGGACGACCAGUCGAUGCAGGGCACAUGGCGCUCGGGUGCAGGAUGGAAGGAAACGUAUGCUCGGGUGAGAUCCGGCACGGGUGUGGAUGAUGACUUGCGUUGGAGGCAAGCUUCAGUUCGAAAGCGUGACAGGCGUGUGUGUGUAGUAGUAGGACAGACUGCGAAGGACGCACGUAGAUGCCCCAGGGCGUCUUCCGCAGGGUUACGUAUUGGAUGUGGCGAAGAACGACAGCGUUCCGCCCUCAGUGUGUCCGUGAGUUUGGAUCCCGACGUACCGGGCUGGCAAUGACUGCAUCCGACUUCAUGGCACCUGCGUGGGUGUGACACACAACAGAAAGCGGAGAGACACGUGCGCGAGUGCAGGGAGAUUUUCUGUUGAAUGUUAAUAUGCGACACACAGACGGAGUGGCGAACACAUAAACUCAGGAAGUGCUUGCGGCCGGGGUUUGCAGACGGGUGGCGAUGGGUUGCUUGAGCGGCCUUACUUAGCCUGUUCAUGGCUAGUGGCUACUGCGCUGAAUGGAGUAA